AUGGGGAUCCACGAUGAUCUUCGCGUGGAGUGGAUCCGAAAGACGGUAGUUUCUUUUGGUUUAACAGAAUCUUUCGACGAACUCCUGAGUCGGGACAAUGGCGCAGAAGAGACGAUACUCCGGUUUUUAAACGGCGUCUCCGACGUGGACUGUUUUUCAUGGCUUUAUUUCCUUAAACAUAUUAGAGAGGAGGAAAUAGAAGAGCAAGUUCCCGUCGUAUCUAGGACCUCAGAGCAGAAUAACGGCGUAUCUUCAGAUCCUGACCACGAGUCCUUCAGUGAAGUGGAGUCAGAGACAAAUGACAACUAUAAGACUGAAGUUAAAGUUGUCCGUCACGUGGAAUUAUACGUAUCAUUGGACGAGAUUCCAGAGAGAUUUCAUAAGAAUCCUAAAGAUCCUAUCUUCUAUUUUCAACGAAACCUUAAAGAGACUAUUGUUCACCCAGUGGACAUGAAAGAAGCCAAUACUCUAAUGACUAGGUUAAUAGACAUUGGUAUGCAGAGUGGAGAUCCGCUUGAGGCGUUUCGAAGGCAACUGCUCCAUAUUUAUGUACCCUGGUUUACUGCUGAAGCAAGACCAACAGCUGCCCCAAAGAAAGCUCCUACUGAUCUGCCACUUAAGGGUCGUCAUUCGGUGCUCACCAGUGUGCACAAAUACCUCGGAAAGCUCAGUCAAACAAUCCGACAGAUUCAUGCUCAAGGUGAAAUUGUACUCCAAAUUCCUGACCUGGACCUGGAGCUGGAGGUGAAUGUCCUGCUGAACAGUCCUGAGAUAGUAGAGAGGUUGGAGCAAUGUGUGAUGAACUGGCAGACUCAGAUUACCACCAUUAUGGAGGAACAGCAAAGCAAUCAGCCAGAGGUUCCUGGACCUAUUGCAGAGAUAGAACUUUGGCGGGACCGUGCUUCUGUUCUCAGUGCUCUGUGUCAACAGCUCAAACAGCCGAUGGUACAGAAGAUCCUGGAUGUCACGACUAAAGCAAAUCCAGCCAUUAUUCACACCCUCAAUGGAACCAUUGCUGAUCUAUCUAAAUACCACUCAGAGUCAGAUAAUAAUGUAUUUUUCCUUAAGACGCUGGAAAGACACUUUUUGAAUUUGGCUGCUGGGUCAGAUUUUACCAUGAUGAAGGAGACUAUCCCUGAGAUGAUGGAGAGCUUACAGAUCAUCUGGCAAAUCUCUCGCCACUACAACUCAAACGAACGUAUGGUCCCUCUAAUGGAGCGGAUUGCGUGGCAGCUUUGUGAGCAAGUGUCUAGAGGACUUCAUGUUCUGAAACUGUUCAAAGUGAAUAGGGAAGAGGCCUAUUCCAUGGUGCUUUGCGCUAAGAGUGUCCUGGAGCAGUGGAAGUCAUCCUACUAUGACGUGCGCGCUGCAAUUGAAAAAUCAGGCAGAGCACCUCGAUGGGAAUUUGAUCAUAAAAGACUGUUUGAGAUCAGCGAUUACAUGGCGUCUGUCUGCCAGGAUCUGUGUUAUGUGUUUCAGGUGCAGAAGGAAUUCCACAACUUCUUUGACCCAGACAUGAAAAGUAGGGAACAGAUCAAGGAAAUGUUGAUCAGACUCGAUGGUCUAGUUUCACUUUUUGAGGAGGUCGAGUUUGAUCCUUUCAACAUCUCAAAAAACGGCAACUGGAAAAAGGUCAUGCAAGACUUUGACUCUGCACUUGGGGUUAUCGAUGAAGAAACGAUUGAAUUUGUCGAUUUGGCUUUUAAAACUGUGCAUUCGUCUGCUGCUGCUUUUGAAAUGCUGCUGAAAUUCCAACAAAUCCCCUUCAGAAAGUCCAUCAAUGACCAUUUGAAACGAAAGUUUGAUGGAUUCCUAAUCCAGUAUUGCAAUGAGGUUGACAGAAUUAAUAAAAUCUUUGAUGCAGACAAGGGCAGAAGAGCAAACCAUAUUUAG